CUACAGCUCUCCCAAAUAGAAAACGAGUCGGGUAUUUCCACCUGCCCCCCUUUUGAAUUGCAUCAAUUCUGAUUAUGAGCCAGAAAGAAGAAGAAAUGGAGGAUAGCUCCCUGCCACUCUGUGUCACCUGCGGCCAGGCACAUUUACCAGAAGAGAACCACUUGUACAGCUACACUGAAGAAGUAGAUGAUGAUCUGAUAUGCCACAUUUGCCUGCAACCUUUGCUUCAGCCAUUAGACACGCUCUGUGGUCACACCUUCUGCACAGCCUGCCUUACAAACUUCCUUGUGGAGAAAGACUUCUGCCCCAUGGACCGCAAGCUUGUGAUUCUCCAGACAUGCAGGAAGUCCAGCAUACUAGUGAACAACCUCCUGGAUAAGCUAAUGGUUAGCUGCCCUUUCACAGAACACUGCUCAGAGGUUGUGCAACGUGGUCACCUUGAACAGCAUUUCCAAACCCAAUGUAAAGGAGCAUCCCACUAUGGCCUUACCAAGGAACGGAAGAGGCGUUCCCAGGACUGCUCUCCAGACCAUGGCUCCAGCUUAGCAGUAGCUUCCCUGGGCCCUGAGCUCUCAGCAGCUGUGGCCAUCGCCUUAAUGACAGAUGAGCCAGGGCUGGUGAACCCGGCCUUCAGCCCCACCUCAGAGGACAGCCAGCUGGGGAGCAGCCCCGGAGACCUGCACCGCAGCAACCGCAGCAGAACUCGACACUUUGAACGUUCCACUAUAAGAAGCAGAUCUUUUAAAAAAAUAAACAAGGCAUUCAGUGUUCUUCGAAGGACAAAAAGUGGAAGUGCUGUUUCCAACCAGACUGACCGGGAAAGGGAGGCUGUUGGAAACUCUGCUGCUGGAGAGGAAGGUUUUCCCAGGUUGUAUCACCUGAUUCCAGAUGGGGAAAUUACCUGCAUUAAGAUCAGCCGUACCGAUCCCCAUGAAAAUCUGGCCAUUAGGAUUGUGGGAGGCAGCGAGACCCCUUUGGUUCACAUUAUUAUACAGCAUAUUUAUCGAGAUGGGGUAAUUGCCAGAGAUGGAAGAUUGCUGCCUGGAGACAUGAUACUAAAGGUAAAUGGCAUGGACAUCAAAAAUGUGCCUCACAGCUAUGCGCUGUCGCUCCUGAAGCAGCCCUGCCACGUGCUGCGGCUGACGGUGCUGCGAGAGCAGAGGUACCGAUGCCGGAGCAGCGGCCUUUCCCUGGACGCUCACUGCAAUCGGGACGACAGCUUCCACGUCGUGCUCAACAAGAGCAGCCCAGACGAGCAGCUGGGAAUAAAGCUGGUCCGCAGGGCUGACGAGCCCGGGGUGUUUAUUUUCAACCUGCUGGAAGGCGGCAUGGCUGCCCGCGAUGGACAGCUGCAGGAGAAUGACCGGGUGCUGGCCAUCAACGGGCACGACCAUCGCUACGGCAGCCCGGAGAGCGCAGCCCAGCUGAUACAGGCCAGCGAGAAGCAGGUUCACUUCGUGGUGUCGCGGCAGACCAGGCAGCAGCCCCCGGACCUGCUGCAGGAGGCGGGCUGGAGUCACAGCGCCGGCAGCUCCCAGCCUUGUCCCGCCGAGAGAAACAACUCCGGCAAGAGCACCCUUCACACUGUCACCUGUCAUGAGAAGGUGGUGGCUGUCCGGAAAGAUCACACAGAAUCACUGGGAAUGACUGUGGCAGGUGGAGCAUCUAACCGGGAAUGGGAUUUGCCUAUCUAUGUGAUAAGUGUGGAACCUGGAGGAGUGAUCAGCAGAGACAGCAGGAUAAAAACAGGUGACAUCCUCCUGAACGUGAACGGCAUUGAUCUGACGGGAGUCAGCCGCAGUGAGGCCGUCGCCCUGCUGAAGAACACCAACUCCUCAGUGGUGCUCAAAGCCCUAGAGAUGAGAGCAUGUGAAGCCCAGGAGGAGCAGGGUCACCUGCCACACCCUGAGGACACACAGGUGGCCUCCGAGAGCAGCGAGUGGUCACCGUCCUGGGUUAUGUGGCUGGGGCUGCCACGGUAUUUGUACAGCUGCAAAGAAAUUGUAUUACGAAGAAAUACAUCUGGAAGUCUUGGCUUCAGUAUCGUAGGAGGUUAUGAAGAACAUACUGGGAACAAACCAUUCUUUAUCAAAUCCAUUGUUGGGGGAACACCAGCAUACAAUGAUGGCAGAAUUAGAUGUGGCGACAUUCUCCUUGCUGUCAAUGGCAGGAACACAUCAGGAAUGAUGCAUGCCUGCUUGGCAAGGAUGCUCAAAGAACUAAAAGGAAAAAUUACUCUCACAAUUGUGUCCUGGCCUGGCACAUUUUUAUAAAACAAGUCUUCAUGGAGAGUAUGACAAGUAUCUUAACAUGGGGAAAAAUUUUACAAAAGGAACAUCGGUCUUCGCUUUUUGGGGGGGGUCAAGUAUGUAUUUAUAAAGAAAAGGUUUGUGAAAUUUCAACCUGCAUGUCAAGAAAAGUCACGUUUAGGCAAAGCCGUGACACCCGUCAGAAAAUCACUUCAGAGUGAUCCAAGCUACAGACUUAAGUCCUUCCUUCCCUGUGUUCUUAAGGGUUUUUUGUUGUUUUUUUAUACAUAUCUAUAUAUCUAUUUAAUGCAUUAUAAUAAUAAUGAAAUUUAAGGAGCAACAGCUUCUGCUCACCCACUUUAUUUUGAUUUACAAAAAGAAAACCUUGAAUAACUUAUGAAAAUAUUUCUUGCAAUUUUUCUAGUUGCAAUAAUCAGGUGAAGGUUUUUAUCCAACACGUUAAUAGCACUUUGAUUAUGUGUACCUUUUCAUGGUCAGCAUGAAGCUGGUAUUUUCAAGACUUUCAAGUACUGUUUGUUAGUCUGUAAAACUGUGAAUGAAAUUUCUAAAAUAAUU